CAAAGCGCGCCUAUGCAGUGAAGGGAGUUUCGGCGCUAUAGCACAUUGCCCCUCCCUGGACCAGUCCAGCACCGAAUCGCAGAGUAACUAGGAUGAGUAUGUUUGGAACAAAUACCGGCUUUGGAUCAGGAGGCACCAGUAUGUUUGGAAACACCACCACAGACAACCACAACCCAAUGAAGGAUUUUGAGGUGACAUCUCCCCCUGAUGACAGUAUCAGCUGUCUGGCCUUCAGCCCCCCUGCCAUGACAGGGAACUUCCUGAUUGGGGGGUCCUGGGCCAACGAUGUGCGCUGUUGGGAGGUACAAGAUAGUGGGCAGACUGUCCCCAAGGCACAGCAGAUGCACACAGGGCCGGUGCUGGAUGUCUGUUGGAGUGAUGAUGGAAGCAAAGUUUUUACAGCAUCAUGUGACAAAACUGCUAAAGUGUGGGAUCUUAACAGCAACCAGGCAAUGCAGAUAGCCCAGCAUGACGCACCUAUUAGGAGUAUCCACUGGAUAAAAGCUCCGAACUACAGCUGUGUCAUGACAGGAAGCUGGGACAAGACUUUGAAGUUCUGGGACACGCGUUCUCCAAACCCAAUGAUGUCUCUUCAGCUGCCAGAAAGGUCCUACUGUGCUGACGUGGUGUACCCCAUGGCAGUUGUCGCCAGUGCAGAGCGGGGGCUGAUUAUCUACCAGCUGGAGAACCAGCCCUCAGAGUUUCGCAGGAUAGAUUCUCCCCUGAAACACCAGCAUCGAUGCAUUGCCAUCUUUAAGGACAAGCAGAACAAACCAACAGGGUUCGCCCUGGGGAGCAUUGAAGGGAGGGUUGCCAUUCACUAUAUCAACCCACCCAACCCAGCUAAGGAUAACUUCACCUUCAAGUGCCACAGAUCCAAUGGAACCAACACCUCGGCACCGCAGGAUAUUUACGCUGUUAACGCAAUCGCCUUCCACCCAGUCCAUGGGACUUUGGCUACGGUGGGCUCUGACGGACGGUUCAGUUUCUGGGACAAAGACGCGCGCACCAAACUGAAAACCUCUGAGCAGCUGGACCAGCCAAUCACAGCCUGCUGCUUCAACAGCAACGGAAACAUCUUUGCCUAUGCCUCCAGCUAUGACUGGUCAAAGGGACAUGAGUACUACAAUCCACAGAAAAAGAACUAUAUCUUCCUUCGCAAUGCAGCCGAGGAACUGAAACCCAGGAACAAGAAAUGAUUUUACCAGCUGUUUCAUCUCUGUUGUUGGACACCAGGAGGUCUACUUGAAUUCAGAAGACCUGCCUUGAUAUGUAUAUACAAGAGAACCUGUUUUUGCUUGCAUGAGUGGGGCAAUGCUCACAGACUCUUCUACCCAGGAGUUACUAGGGGUGGGGCUUUCUACUCACAUGAGGACUGGGGUGUUGCUGCUUUUUUUUUUUUUUUUAUUUUGUU